AAUAGGGGCAAGACCACAGCCUCCACGACACACGCACACAAAACAGAAACGGAAAAAUUACUGAAGGCUUUGUCGGUCGCACAGAGCCCUUCCUCUCCGCUUCUCUUUCCCUUUGUUUUUCCGACGGUCUCUUCUCUUCUCUUCUCUUCUCGUCUCUUCUCUACUCUGCUCUUUACCUUACUACAUUUUUCUUCUCUUCUUUCAUGUCAGCAUCAACAAAAAAUUCAAACCUCUUCUCUUCUCUUUUUGGCGGCAUAACUCAACAUCACUCCUCUUUUUCAGUUUUCUUUUCCCUUUUUUUCUAAAGUGCACUUUUUUUUUUUAACUCGUGCUUUCUAGGGUUUAGUUUUUCAUUCUAGUUGCUUCACGCACGCACGCACGGUCGCUUGCUCGUCUCGCUUCCGAAUUUAAUGUUUCUUUUGUAAAUGUCACAGAUGCUUAUACCCCUUUUAUCAUGCUUAGUAAAGAUGACAAACCUAUAUGUCGAGCACAGUGCUUAAACCCUCCUGGAAAACUGCCUGGAAGAUGGCGUUUACAAAAAAUUGUUCCAAAAACAGAAUUACAAUUCCUUGAUCACUUGUCAUAUUUGUUCCUUUGCCCUGCACCUGAGUGCUCUCGGGAUCAGAAAGAGUGGGUCAGGUUUUUGAAGUAUCUUCAGAAAAACAACAUGGUGGCUAUUGCAAAAUUGGAGUUCUGGACAUUCUACAUACUUCCACCCAAUGAAGACUCUCAUACUAGCCAUGUUAGAGUUGCAUAUCAGAUGGAGAAAAUAUGCCAUAACUCUAAUGUUCAAAGGCAUAAGCAAUCAGUUGUGGAUAUUAUGAUUGACACUGGUGAGGCAGGUAUUGUGCAACCACUUGCAAACAAGACUUUCAUUACUGGUAGUCUUGGUUCACCGGAUCAGAUGGUCAAGGAGUCUACUUGCAGAAAAGAAGCAUCUAUUCCUAUGAGAGCUUCAGAAGAUAAUUUUACUUUUGAUCUCAAGUUGUCACCAGCAGUUGGAGAUCACCUUGCUUGUGAGUCAUCAAUUGAAACUUGCAGCAGGACUAAGCCCUCUGUUUUGAAAAAGGAUGGACUCUUGGAGAAAAAUUAUGUUAAGACAGACCCAAGUUAUCUCCAAACUCUUGGUCAGGCACAUUCUGGAUGGAUUUUUGGUGCCAUAGCUGAGCUUGUUGAUAAUUCCAUGGAUGCAAAAUCAUCUAAAUUGGAGAUCUCUAUUGAGGUCAUAUUUUUUAAACAAGCUGGAAGAAAUAUCCCAAUGUUGUCAGUUAUAGAUGAUGGCCAUGGAAUGACUCAUCAAGAUGUAGUGAGAAUGACAUACUUUGGGCACAAGCAACCUAAUGCAGAUGAUCCAGGUUGUAUUGGAAGAUUUGGAGUUGGAUUUAAGACUGGAGCAAUGAGGCUUGGUAGGGAUGCUCUGGUUCUUACACAGACUGCUGAAUCCCGAUCUAUUGCUUUUCUUUCACAAUCUUUAAAUCAAGGGAAAGAUAAUCUUGAGAUUCCCAUAGUAAGCUACUACAGGAAAGGACAGUUCAUGGAACUGGAUACAAGUGUCCAGUCCGAAGCUACUGCAAAGUACAAUUUGAAAGCUAUUAAGGAGUUUUCACCAUUUAACAAGUAUUUGAUUGGAGAAAAAGCUGGUUUCUUUCGUGAUAAGCAGACAGGAACACAAAUAUAUAUAUGGAAUUUAGAUGAAUGGGGUUCAAACUAUUGUUUGGAGUGGCAAAAUGGUUUGAAUGGUGGUAGUUCUUUCCACCAAGGUGACAUAUACAUCCGUUCUAGGAGAAUAAGGUCUCGCCCUGGCCAGAUUAGUCAAAAGGUUCCAUUAGAUUAUUCACUUCGUUCUUAUCUGGAAGUCAUGUUCUUGGUUCCAAGAAUGAAGAUUUAUGUUCAAGGGUCGCUGGUUAGAAGUCGACCAUUAGCAAAAUCACUGAACAAAACAAUUGUAAAAACUGGUACCAUUAUGGGAAAACCUGUUCAUCUAACUCUGGGUCGCUGUCAGUUAGAAUGGGAACAGAUAAACUGCGGAAUAUUCUUGUAUUGGCACGGCCGCUUAAUUGAGGCUUACAAGAGAGUUGGCAGCAUGAUACAUAAUGGAGAUGUGGGUCGAGGCGUGAUUGGUGUCAUAGAUGUUACUGACUUAAUGGAUGAUGGGAAUGGACGUGUUUGGGUGCAUAAUAACAAGCAGGGAUUCCAAGAUUGUGAACCUUAUGCUCGACUGGAGGAGUGGCUGGGGAAAGUAGCAGAUGAAUAUUGGGACACCUAUUUUGAUUCACUACAGUUGGGCAAGGGUACUGUUGUCUGCAAACCUGAUCAAGAAUGGGUACAAUGUAACAAGUGUAGGAAGUGGAGAAUGUUGGAUUCUGAUUUUAACACCAAGAGUUUGCCACUCGACUGGUUCUGUUAUAUGGAGCCCUUCAAUGGAAAAUGUGAAACACCAGAGGCAAAGGUUGACAGGGGAGUGAUUACGGUGUCAACAAAGCGGAGUGGAUAUGAUGAAUUGAAAGAUGAUAAGUACGUCAAAAUGGAAGGGAAGGAUGAGAAAGAGAAAGAGGAAGAGGCAGAGAAGCGUCCUUUGAAAAGAAUCAAAAAGGGACUUCCAAGAGCCUGCAAGAAGGUUUGAUUGUAUAUGUACAAUAUGAACCAUUAAGUCCAUAUUAUGUUAGUGUAAUGAAUAUGAUGUAGUCUGUUUAUAGGAUAUGAAAUUGCUCCACACCCACCUGGUUCUUUCUUGCAAA